GUCGUCGGCGAGGGGAUGGAGAGGGCGGAGGGGAGGAAGGCGAACCAGCUGCGGAAGUACUCGUGCACGCGGAACCCGCUGGGCCGCGCGCACGGGUCGGCGCGGUGGGAGCAGGGCGGCACGGCGGUGGUGGCGGCGGUGUACGGGCCCAGGCCGGGCACCAGGAAGGGGGAGAACCCGGAGAAGGCGUCCGUCGAGGUCGUCUGGAAGCCCAUCACCGGCCAGAGCGGGAGGCAGGAGAAGGAGUACGAGAUGACGCUCAAGAGGACGCUGCAGAGCAUCUGCCUGCUCACUGUCCACCCCAACACCACCACCUCCGUCGUUCUCCAGGUUAUGAGUGACGAUGGUUCUCUUCUUCCAUGUGCAAUUAAUGCAUCAUGUGCUGCCCUUGCUUUUGCUGGCAUCCCCUUGAAACAUCUUGCUGUUGCGAUUGGCUGUGGUGUCUUGGAGAAUGGUGAUGUGAUUUUGGACACAAGCAAGGCAGAAGAGAAGCAACUGAAAUCGUUUGCUCACCUGGUGUUCCCCAACUCAAGCAAGUCUGUCGAUCUGAAAGAGUCACAGAAGAAAGAUGGUCAGUCUGAACGAGGCUUGAUAACUUCUAUCACCCACGGAGUGAUGUCUGAGGAGGAUUACUUCAACUGCAUUGAGAGGGGUCUGGCCGCAUCCUCACGUAUCUCGGAUUUCAUGAGGACAACCUUGCAGAAGCAUACACCUGACUAUCUCUGAGUACAGCACCAUAGUGACCCGGUCACAAGCCGAUGGCGGGUCGUCAUGCUGUGAACAGAGUGCCUUCAGGACGUUGGGGCGCCGCGCAAGCUUGUAUGAAUAUGUAGUUCUUCGUUUGAGGAUUAUGAAGAGUUGAUUAGCAAGGAACUCUGGUGCAGGCCUUCUUUUUACUGAGUUAUUGUUAACCGUGUUAUCCAAGGACCAAGGCGCUGUAGAUUGUAAAACUUUGUGGCAUAGGUCGUUAUAAGAUUUGUCUUAUGGUAUUCGUAUCA